UGCUCUGUCUUCUUCUUCUUCUUCCCUCUUCCUUCCCCAGAUCCAACUUAGUUGCGUCGUGGUGCAUCUUCGGGAUCUCUUCCCAAGGGUUCUCGUGGCCACGUCGUGGGGCGUAACGUAGGGUUGUUGCAGUUUUCUGCGACGAGCCUGCAGAUUGGGGUACGUGGGAGAGAGGUCGAGAAGAGAGUAUAAUAGUCGAGCGCGGGCUGUUUUGGGGGUUGGGGGUUCAGUCGGACGUGUUGCAUUUUGCGUUUGGGUGUGGUUUUAGAGUCUGGUAACGAUGAAUGCGACCCUGAGUCACCGUCGGGUUGAGGUGGCGCCGGAGAAUGUUGAGUACACGCCCAAGCCGCAGAAGAAAUGGUCCGUGUCUAAGUCAGUGGAGUAUGUGCUUCGCGAGCAGCGGUUCGUGUUUGUGUUGGUCGGGGUUGCUUUGACUACCGUGUUCUUCAUGUUUCUGCAACCCGGUGGGCGGUUCGCGCAGAGUAGUGAUGGGUCGGUCUACACGGGAGUGCAUGAGUAUAAUGUCGACGAGGCUUAUGGGACCGUGAGGGCGUUCGAGAAGGCGCCCUAUAGGGCUCAACACGCUGCCAUGGUUAGCCCUGGGGGUAAAAUUCCGUUGGGCUUGCCCAGGAAGCCGCUGCGCAUUGUGGUGACAGGAGGAGCAGGGUUUGUGGGGAGCCACUUGGUGGACAGAUUGAUAGAGCGCGGGGAUAGUGUGAUAGUGGUGGAUAAUUUUUUCACCGGAAGGAAGGAGAACGUGCAGCAUCACUUUGGUAAUCCGCGGUUCGAGCUGAUCCGGCACGAUGUGGUGGAGCCUUUGUUGCUGGAGGUGGACCAGAUUUAUCACCUUGCGUGUCCGGCGUCGCCCGUGCAUUACAAGUUCAACCCCAUCAAGACAAUCAAGACCAACGUGGUGGGGACCUUGAACAUGCUGGGAUUGGCGAAGCGCAUUGGAGCACGGUUCUUGUUGACCAGUACGAGUGAGGUUUAUGGUGAUCCUUUGGAGCACCCUCAGAAAGAAACGUACUGGGGAAACGUUAACCCUAUUGGUGUUCGUAGUUGUUAUGAUGAAGGAAAGCGUACUGCGGAGACACUGGCAAUGGACUACCACAGAGGUGCAGAAGUUCAGGUUCGCAUUGCUCGUAUUUUCAAUACGUAUGGACCGAGAAUGUGUAUUGAUGAUGGUAGGGUUGUCAGCAACUUCGUCGCUCAGGCCCUGAGGAAAGAGCCCAUGACAGUUUAUGGUGAUGGAAAGCAGACGAGAAGUUUCCAGUAUGUUUCAGAUCUGGUGGAGGGACUGAUGAGGUUGAUGGAAGGUGAACACGUUGGGCCCUUCAAUCUCGGAAAUCCUGGCGAGUUUACCAUGCUGGAACUUGCAGAGGUGGUUAAGGAGGUGAUUGACCCUUCUGCAACAAUCGAGUACAAGGAGAACACGUCUGAUGAUCCUCACAAGCGCAAGCCUGACAUUUCUAAGGCUAAGGAAUUGUUGGGUUGGGAGCCAAAGAUUUCAUUGAAGAAGGGUCUUCCUCUGAUGGUGGAGGACUUCCGCAAACGUAUUUUUGGUGACCACAAAGACAAGGGAUUGGUUUAAAAUGUAGAGGUUAGUCCAGUAUGCGAAAUUAUGACAUUAGUUCGUGGUCACCUUAGGUUUCCUUCGACAAGCUUUAUUUACCAGUUGUCCAACAACUGGUCACCCUUAGGUCUUGUACCUGAAGAGUUGAGUUGACAUUAUGAACAGAGAAAUAUAUAUUUUCUAGAAAAAUUAUACUAAUUUAAGAGAAAUACCAUCCGUGUUGAUUUGAUUCCCACUCACUUAUGUUAUUAUCAGGAUGGAGAAAAACAAGUUCCGUCAUUGGUUAAGCUGCCUCUGGAUGUGCCAGUGGAACUUUCGUUAAGUUUAGCUAGAAAUUGCUAGCUAUUAAUGGGAACUUCGCACAUAUAUAAUUUACAAUAAUAAGUAUUGCCUUUUAUUGUGUGUUUCAA